GUAUUCUCAGAAUCACACUAGUGGGGGCCAUCUCAAAUACAAACUGCACUUGCAGUUCCCUGCACAGAUCUGAGGAGCAAGGACAUUCAACUAAAGCCUGAAAUUAAGGAUGGCCUCGCUCAAGUUCGCACUGCUUGUUUUCAUCGGCCUCCAAAGCUGUGCUCUGACUUCAACUUUAAAUACAGAUGGUUUGCUGAAUGUUCCUGAGGCCCAGAGAGCAACUGGGGACGUCUGCAAGGACUGCAUCCAGAUAUUUGAACUCCUUAUCGACCUGCUUUCCAACGAAGACCUCCAGAAAAAGAUCAUGGCUGGCAUUGAGAGCCUGUGCGAUCACCUGCCCGGUCCAGCCACGACUGCCAAGCUCUGCAAAGAUGAGGUGGAGAAGAUGUUUCCGCUGGCCAUGAGCUUUCUUUCUGGUGUUGUAAAACCAGCAGAGGUCUGCAAAAUCAUUGGACUCUGUAACAGCCAGGAGAAGAUGAUGCACUACCUUGUCACAGAGUUCUUUCAGGCUACUGAAACAAGUGAAAAUCUGGUGCCUGUCAAUCAGGCGCGGCCCACAACACAAUGCUCCUUCUGCAUUUUUCUUGUCAAGACUUUUGAGGACAUGCUGCCUAAGGAAAGAACUGAGGCUGCUGUGCUCAAGCUGCUCCAGGAGAUUUGCCACAUUUUGCCCUCCUCCUACCAAGAUCAAUGUGAGGAGGUUGUUGGCAAGUUUACCAAAACGGUGCUGGAAGCGAUCCUUAGCUACGCCACCCCCCAGACCAUCUGCACUCUCCUCCAACAGUGUCACAGAGAAGAGGCUCCGUCUGUGGACCCAUGCACUUUGACAACGUACAGGUGCAGAGACAUCAAAACUGCCCUAAAAUGUGGAACUGUGUUCUACUGUCAGAAAUUUGCUGGGAAAUCUCUGAACCUCUAAGAUAAGGCGGAAUGAAAAAUGCGAUGGAUGAUCCUGGUCUUUCAGCAUCAAACCAACCAUUUCUCUCUUCGCUCCACACCUGUGGCUUUCUGUCUAAGAGGAUUCCUUCAGAUACUGGCUUAUUAUCACACCUGCAUUUUGUGAUUUUGUACUUUAGUGCAGAAAACCAGGGCUUAGGCUGACAAACAUCAGUGGUAAGUCAUGUGCAAAGAUAUGAACUUUAACAGGAUCAAAUGAUUUAAUGCUUUACGUUUCACAAUUACUCUGUUUGCUUGUUAAGUUUUUGCUUUAGAUAUUUGUACCGAGUUCUAUGACCAGCGCUUUUAUCAGCUUCAACGAGGGGUUUUCUUGUAAUCAUUCACACGCAUCUCAGGAGGAUUAUCUGGAUACAUGAUUUGGGCUGUGAAAUGUCCCCUUUAAAAUAAGCACUUCAACCAUUUUAACACCUGUUAGGUAUUUUAAGUCAGAUAGAUAUUGGUUAGAUACUUGAUGUAUUAGAAAUG